AUUAUCCGCUGAACCUCGAUUUACCCGAGAUGUCUGUCCCCCGGUUGAUUCAUUUUAGUAACAAGAACGUGAUAUUAUAACCGGGAAUGUAAUAAGAGCAGCAAGAAGAAAGUGAAAACAAAACUGGUAAAAAGAAGCAUUUCCAACCCAGCAGGAAGUGAGUCGCGAAAUUUUCGUUAGAAAAAGGGGUGACUCUCCCGACGGUUUUCCCCCCUAGUCAAAGUCACCGCGGUCUGCGAAUGUGGACGAGAGGGUGGUGAGCACAGAAGAGGAAGACAAGAGCGGUUCCAAGAAACAGCACGGUUUCGGUAUAAUUACCGCAACUUUGUUUACGUAUCGGCUCGUUUACUGCUGGCGUGGGUGUUAGGACAGCAUAUGUGUAAACAGCAAUAAAACAUGAGUCCCGGAUAGGUAACGCGACGCCUCCCUCGCAUUGGAAACGCGCGAACGACGUAUCACUGGGAAGCCACGAUGGGCGGAGCUGAUCCAUCCUCUGGAUCCCCAUGUCAAAUUAAACACCCUUCGUUAGAGAAUUGGUCUAACCAGCCACAAAUCGCAGUCAGUCUUCGACGCAUACGAAUUCAGAUCAGUUCGAGGCGACCGAGUGUCUCCAAUAUUACAGGGAGCAACUUCGUCAGAAGUUUUGUAAAGCGUUUAGCACUUGUAAUAGAAAGGCCGGUUAUCUGAACGCAUCAAGUAAUCAAUCAAAAAUUACUAUUUUUGUUAAAGAACGUAAUUGAUGAUCUCAGUAGUAGAGACAAGUGUGUUUUUAUUAAAUAUUAAGAAAAUAAUUAUGUAGAUCUUUUUUCUUAUACAAAUUUAAGUUUGUUAAUUGAUUCAACGAUGUUUUCGAUACUAAACAAUUGAACUACAAGUUUUAGUGUUGAAUCAAGUCGAAUUUCGUAAAUUCUCGUUAACGAAAUUGAUUGUGAACGAUUGUGAAGUGCACUAGGUGAUUCAUUCAAUCCGCAAGAAUUGUAUAGUUCGACUGUAAAAGAAUUUGAAGAAGAAACUCGAUGAAACUCGCUUGCGAUUUAGAAUAUUUACUUGUGAAAUUGUAUUUGUAUGAAACAUAGUUUUGAAACUGUAAUAUAUGAAACAUAGUUUUGAAACUGUAAUAUUCAUACUUUUGAAGCAUAGAUUGUCGAAGGUUUGAAAUGAUAAAUAAUGAAAAUAAAGACAAACGAAGAUUUCUAAGAACAUGAAGAAGCGAGAGGAAGAAGGUAGUAAAUUUUUAUAAAACUGCGAAGAUUUCGAGUCUGUGAUAACUUUCUCGAAAAAUAUAAUUCACUAAUCCAAGUAAUAAUUAGUUGAAAAAUCAAAUACUAAAUUUCAAUUUCUCGUAAAGUGAAAAAAAAAAUAUUGAUAGCAAGCGCAGUAACGUCGAAUGUUCUGAUCGUAUCAUCUUCCAAUGGAGUCCAACAGCUAUCAAAACCAUCCCUGCUCUGUGUCGAAGAUUUACAGCUGUGAUUUACGCAGGAGUUAUGAGUUUUGGAACACAGAAGAAGCAUUUCCAACGAUGUGCCCUUUGCCAACUUACUACAGCUUGGUCCCGGAUGUACUGACUUCGAGGAGCAUUCCUCUUUCAUGGGAUCUCCCUCUGAUAAGAUACAAACCACAGCCACGCUAUGAGAAACCGCCGUACUCGUACAUUGCCUUAAUAGCCAUGGCAAUCAAUUCUUCGCCUAAACAAAGACUCACCCUUUCAGCGAUUUAUAGAUUUAUUAUGGAUAGAUUUCCUUACUAUAGGGAAAAUCGUCAAGGAUGGCAGAAUAGUAUAAGACAUAAUCUGAGCUUGAACGAUUGUUUCGUGAAGAUACCAAGAGAUAAAGUAAUUGGAAAUGAUAAUGAAGAUGACCAAGUUGGGAAAGGAAGUUAUUGGACUUUAGAUCCUUCUGCAAGCGAAAUGUUCGAGCACGGUAAUUAUAGAAGAAGAAGAAUGAGAAGACAACGAGGAUUAACGCAAGAUAAGCAGGAACACGAUCACACGGUGGUUUCGAUUUCGACGCAGAUCUUGCCUAAUUCGAAACACGGGGAACAGAAAUAUGACACAAUGGAGAAAAACACUGAAGAGAAUACACGAAAUGGGAAAAUAAAAUGCACAGAAGCUCAGGGGCAUUGUGUAAAGUCGAUGAUGUUUACGAUCGAGAAUAUUUUGCGAAAAUCUACGAAUGAAUCUCCCAUUUGAAUAUCUGGCAACUAUGUAUUUUAAUAUGAAAAUAAAUAAUUUCUCCGAUACACUGAAUCAAAAUUAUUGAUAAUAUUUAAGUGCAAUAUGAAAACGAAUGAAUGCUGUUUAUUACAAAAAUGUGCUUACAUUUUUAAUUAUAUAUCGCACAUUGCGUAUAAAAAUUAAA